AUGUGGUUGUGGUCCACCUUCGUCGAGAAGGACGACAUCUUCUACCAGCACACGACCAACAUGGAGCUCGCGGAGACAGAGCGCGAUGUGAACCCAAGCUGCUUCAUGUCUGCGCAUGUUUGCACACUGGGGUACGAGGAAAGCUCUUCUCUGAAACCCCCGCCCGGGAAGGCCAAGAGCACGCAGCUCCUGGAGCAGUUCCUGCUCGACGGCUUCAUUACGACGACAGAGCCGCCGACCAUCAACCUGCCCGACGGCCUGAAGAACACGUGCCCGCCGCCAUGGGGGGUGUUGGGAGGCAGCGCGCUCUCGCCGCGUAGCCUCGGGUACGUCGAGGGGCACGCCCGGGCCACAACGCUGCUGGCGUUGCUCCUGUUCAUCAAGAAGGAAGGCGUGGACCUUUACGCGAACAACCCAGUCCUGUUCCAGAGUGUGCGCGACAUCAAAGUAAUCCGCCUCCGGGGCAAGGGCAUGCUCGAAGACGCGCUCAUGAACAUGAAGAUGUCAGUUCGAGGCAGCAUCAGGACCGCGAACAACGUGCUGCAGGUAGCGGUGAUCGUCGCCAACUUGCAGAAGGCAGGGGCGCGCAGUAUCUCUACCUUCGUGAGCAAACAUCACGCCCGGAGCGGGCAGAGCAGCAAGAUCACAGGUAAGAGGGCGGCGUCUCUACGCUUGCUGUUCGAGUCUCUCCCGAGGGCGCCCUUGGAGAGCAUCCUCGCCCACGCUGAGGAGCUCACGUGGGAGGGCUGCAUGUGGUCGGACGACAACCUCGCCAAUCGUAAACUGUACCCAGGGUUUGCGUUCCCCGCCAAGAACAAGACCUGGGCCCCGAUGCUCCGCACCACCGAUGCCAGCACGCAGUUAUGCAUUGAGAGGCUGCAAGGCGCGCACACCCGGAGCCCGAAGCACUUGCGCAAGAAGCUAGAGGCCUCGCAAUUGGAGAACUAUUCCCUGCGCGCAGCGGCUGUCUUGGGCCUCGCGGACUUGUUUUUAUCCCAAGUGCCUGUUCCCCAGAAAGAUGCGCUGGAGGAGUGGACGCACGCGUGGGAGAGGGGUUCCCACCAGGUGGACAUGGAGGUCCAGGCAGCUGUGAUGGAGCAGCACGAGCAGUUCGACCCGACCAAGCACAUCCCGACGUUCAAGAGGAUCCUCGACCAGCACCUGCAGAGCGCGCCGCUGGUGGUCGGCGUCGAGGAGUCGGCGAAGCUUAAAGUGGACGAGUUCGCCCUGCUGAUCAAGCAGCUGGACUACGAUGUGAGUGUUUAUCAGACCUGGCAGCGGAAGUGCCAGACGGUCAAGGGCGCGCGCUUCUUCAAGGAGCAGGACAGUGGUUUCACCAAUGCUGUGCUCCAGCAGCCCCCUCUUUGGUUCAGCCCUCAAUGUCUUAACCCUUUUAUCAGGUUGUACUAUCCCCACCCCCAGUAG